AUGAGCAGCUACAAGGAAGUACGACAUGUCCUGGUUAGUCUCAACCAAGAAAACAGUGAGUUGAAGAAAGAAAACCAAAGACUGUCUGAACUAGUAGACAAGCUCAGCAAAGAUCUCGAAGCAGCAAAUGCACUUGGCCAGGGAAAUGUCAAUCUGAUCAAGGAGAAGCUUGAGUUAGCCAACAAAGCUGAAGGUCUGAGGCAGCAUUUAAAGGUUGAAAAGCGGAUAUCGGAGAAUCUGGAGUCAGAACUAGAUCAGCUAAAGAAGCAGAUUCAGAUGUUCGCAGGAACCAAGCAACUGGACAAGAUCCUGAGCUACGGAUGCCACGGCAAUACGAAGCAUGGAUUGGGGUACAAUGGAAAGGAACAGAAGAGCUCAGAUGAAAACAAGUUUGUUUCAUCAGGGUACAACCGGCCUGAAGAUCAAAGACCUGUCACCAAACAGCGAAAAGGACGAGAGUGCUAUUAUUGUGGCAAGAUCGGACAUAUCAAGGCAUACUGCUACAGCAGAUGGAACAGGGUUCAGAAACUAAUGAAGCAACGGAAGUUCAGCUGGAAUGGACCCACAAAUCAAGUCUGGCUCAGGAAAGAGGACUUGAGGUUCGAGCCUAAGGGACAACAGAAGAAGAAUUCUUUCAAGCCAAGAGAAUUCACUGUCAAGAGAUCCUUCAGGGAUGAUCCAAUGUCAAUGCUGUGGCAUGGAUUCAAGUGCAACAUGGCUCAAGUUGAGAGCGACGAAGACGAGUCAGAUCCUUGGUACUUCGAUAGUGGCUGCUCACGGCACAUGACUGGGAACCGGAGCUACCUCCAAAAUAUUAAGAAGAUUAAGGGAGGAAGAGUCACGUUUGGUGAUGGAAGUGUCGGUGCUAUACAAGGAAAAGGCAUUACAAAAGACGAAGGUCAGCCUGAUCUAGUCAAUGUAUACCUAGUACAAGGACUUAAGGCGAAUCUUAUCAGCAUAAGUCAACUGUGUGAUGAAUGGCUGAUUGUGAUAUUCACCAACAAAAGAUACAGAGCAGUGAAUGAUGAUGGACAAAUUAUCCUAGCUGGAGAAAGAUCGGGCAACAACUGCUACAUGUGGAACAAGUCAGGGUCGGUUAUGAGCUGUUUUACUGCCUGUGAUAAUCUGCAGCUGUGGCAUCUGCAGCUGUGGCAUCAGUGA